CUUUGUUUACAUUUUUAUCUUUUGUUAUUUUUUCUUCCCAAUUUCUGUUUAUUUAUUUCUCUGUGUGAGAAUUAAAUUGUUUCAUUUUUACUUAAAUUAAUAAUUUUCUCUCCAAUCUAACCAGUCUCUCUGUUUCUCCCUCACUCUUUAUGUAUUUAUCGAUAAAAGUGUAAUAACCAUGGCACAAAGUGUUCCCUGUUCAUCAUCAUUUUUACUUAGACAACAAUUUGAUGAUAUUAUUGAAGAAGUUGAAUCUCACCAUGAAUCUCAUUCCCAUGAGAGUGAUAUCAUUUCAAUGCCCGACAUUGACUAUCCAAUUAUGGAACAGAUAACAAUCCGUGGUAACGGUAAUAUGACCCUUUUCGGCCUAUCAAAUACAUUCUCCAAUGAAUAUCCAACCAGUUUAAUUGGUAAAGUUUCAAGGGAAGAAUUUGAAGGAACCAUUAACCGAGUUAACAAUCUAUUGAAAAGUCACCAUUCAAUUAAUGCUCGUCUUCUUUUGGUUGGAUGUUUAUGCUGUUGCUGUUCAUUUGGUUGCUCUCUCCUUUGGCCUACCCUUGCACUAUCCAAACGAACAAGAAGCGCUCUAGAGAAACUAUUGUACAGUGAAAAUAAUCGAUUAUAUCACAAAUUGGGCCUUAAUUGGAAAUUGGGAAAAGAAAGAUGUCACAAUAACAAUUCUUUCAUGGAUUACGUUCUCAUCAUUGAAUUUCUACCUAAAUAUCAUAUUUAUCUACCCGAUUGAUUGACUUUUUCUCUUCCUCUCCCAGUCAUCGGUAUAUCGAUAGAUAUUACCUGUUGAACUACAUCUCUCCCUCUCUCUCUCUAUCUCUCUUUCACCAUCGUUUGACCCUCAUCAUCAACAAUCAUCCAGUAGUAGUCACAAGAGCAGCAAGAAAUCAACAACAACAACAACAACAACAAACCACCAACAACAUUAUGUGACUAGCAACAGGUUUUGCUUUCCCUACCUUUCACCUUAAUUUGACUUAAUUUCUAAAAAGCUUCUUGCUGUGCACUUGAUCUCAUCAUUGAUUUCAUCAUCUCAAUCAUCCUCUUCAUCUCCUUCAAUCAAUCAAGGUAUCGGACCAUGUCAAUAGAAUUGAUGUAUUUAUAUAUAUAUCAUUAAUAUGGUUCAUUCGGUGCAAACUUGGAACUGGAAUCCAUCUUAAAUUGCAAGAUAAAAUACGAGUUUCCAUCAUCAUCAUCCCUAUCACCAUCACCAUCACCAUCAUCAUCUUCAUCAUCAUCAUCUGAAAAUAUUGUUUACCGUUAUAUUUUUUUUUCUUCGUCUUCCCUCUUCUUCGGUUCAUUGCCACUGAUUUACCUCUUUAAAAUUGAUUUAAUUAAUUCACAAUCCAUCGAUAAUUUUUGCUUAUUCAUUUAAAACGUUAGCUGUUUAUUGGUAAUUUUUUUUCCUCGCUUGAGCCUUUAAGCCAUCGCAUGUAUAUAUAAAUAUAUACUAUUUAUAUAUUUACCUGUUGUAUUCAUCCAAAAGAUCAGCUUAAUUUUCAACUGUAUCUAAAUCACAAAUCAUUUUAAUUUCCCAAAUCAUUCAAUCAUCCAUUGAUAAAAAUUGUACACUAAAUAUAUUUAUAUUUCAACCAUCAGAA